AUGGGCCUCGCCAUCACCAAAACCCUCCUAGAGCGGGGUGCCUCGCUCGGCCUCUGCGACCUGAACGGCGCCAGCCUCAAGAAGCUCUUUAACUCACUCACCGAGGAGCAAAAGAGCCGCGUCAUCAUCCAAGUUCUCGACAUCGCGGACCGCGGCACGGGAGGCCAUAAGCUGGGGCCGGAGUCGAUCUGGGAAACUGAAGAUAGGGAGAUGGAGUACAUCGUCGACGUCAAUAUCAAGGGCCUGUUUCACGUACUCGCGGAGGCACUCAAGCCCGGCGUCCUGGAAGAGCCGGGUAGCGUCGUUCACGUUCGAGCAUAUUUUCGAUGCGCGGGUAUCCACAAGGUGCACUGUUUAGCGCCAGCAAGCAUGCGGCUGUGGGAAUGGUGA